AUGGGACGCCGUAAUGAAUUUUGCUUUCGGGGCGUUGUUCGACCAAAAUUUAUGGAAACGUUCUUUAAGGAUGUCGAAAGCAUGCAGAUGGACCUUGCUAACAUAAGCCUCGCAUCGCAGCAGAUUACGGAGCUUAAUAAGAAAGCUAUUCUUGCAACAUCAAACAUCGAGGAGCAAGUGGUCAGUUCUGAGCUCGGGUUUGUGAUCGAGACCACAAAUCGCUUAGCUGCACAUGCCAAAGGGUUACUGGAAAGACUCAAAAAGGAAUCGGCUGAGAAGAAAAAAGAGAAGAACACACCGUUAUCUGAAGUUCGAAUUCGCGAUAAUAUGUGCGCCACGCUGACGAAGAAGUUCAUGGAUGCCAUGAAAGACUAUCAAAAGGCUCAACAAAAGUACAAGAGCGAUAUGAAAAACAAAGUCAAACGUCAGGUACAAAUUGUGAAACCAGACGCGUCCGAAGCAGAGAUUGACGCUGUUAUGCGAUCCGGAGAUCCUGGAUCGAUUUAUAAAAGCGCCAUUUUGCAAGGCGGUGCUGCGGAAUCUAUCACCGACGUUUUCCUACAUUGCCAGGAUAAGUAUCAGGACGUGCUAAAGCUAGAGCAAAGUGUGGCGGAGUUGCAUCAAAUGUUUCUUGAUUUGGCGUUGCUCGUAGAGCAGCAGGGUGAGUUGCUUGACCAGAUUGACAUUCAAGUGCGCACAGCUGCCAAUUAUGUGGAACAGGGCAACCAAGAGGCGUCUCUAUUCUUGUGGCAAUUGUCGUCAUUGCGCUGUUACUUAAGAAGGCGUCGUGAAAGGAGAAAUUUAAUAGAUGAUUUUGUAGUAAGACAUUUAUUUGAUUUGCAUUUUAUUGAAUAG